GUUAGCUAGCUAGCAUUAGCUGUGUAUGAAGCUGAAACUUUUGAAUACCAACACCAACCCGAAUAAGGUCUUAAUCUUCUAUCAACCGAAAAUGAACAUGGUGGAUCAUGUACGGGAUAUGGCCGCGGCGGGUCUCCACUCCAAUGUACGGAUAUUGAGCAGCUUGUUGCUGACGAUGAGUAAUAACAACCCAGAGCUGUUCUCACCAGCCCAAAAGUACCAACUUUUGGUUUACCAUGCUGAUGCCAUCUUCCACGAUAAAGAGUACCGUAAUGCUGCCUGUAAAUACAGUAUGGCACUUCAACAGAAGAAAGUGCUUAGCAAAACAUCCAAAGUUCGCACAUCUGCUGGUGGAGCUGCAGCUAACCUUCAAGCACAGAGUUUACCUUCAGAGAUCGAAGUAAAGUACAAGAUAGCUGAAUGUUAUACUAUCUUGAAACUGGACAAAGAUGCCAUUGCAGUGCUUGAUGGGAUCCCGUCCCGGCAGAGGACUCCAAAGAUCAACAUGAUGUUGGCAAACCUAUACAGAAAAGCUGGCCAGGAACGCUCCGCAGUGACAAGCUACAAAGAAGUCCUCCGACAGUGCCCCCUCGCCAUGGAUGCAAUCAUUGGACUUUUGUCUCUAUCAGUCAAAGGAGCUGAAGUGGCGUCCAUGACCAUGGAUGUCAUGCAGAGUGUCCCCAACCUGGACUGGCUCUCUGUUUGGAUAAAGGCGUAUGCCUUCAUACAUGCCGGUGAUAAUCAAAGAGCCAUCAACACCAUUUGUUCUCUGGAGAAGAAGUCUUUGUUGCGGGACAACGUGGACCUCCUGGUGAGUCUGGCAGAUGUCUACUUCAGGGCAGGUGACACUAAGAACGCCAUCCUGAAAUUUGAACAAGCCCAGAUGCUGGACCCGUAUCUCAUCAAAGGAAUGGAUGUCUAUGGCUACCUGUUGGCCCGAGAAGGACACCUUGAAGAUGUCGAGGUGCUGGGAGGACGACUGUUCAACAUCUCGGACCAGCAUGCAGAACCUUGGGUGAUUUCAGGUUGUCACAGCUUUUACAGCAAGCGCUACUCCAGAGCGCUCUACCUUGGAGCAAAGGCUAUUCAGUUGAACAGCAACAGUGUGCAGGCUCUCCUCCUGAAGGGGGCAGCGUUGAGAAACAUGGGCCGUGUCCAGGAAGCCAUCAUCCAUUUCCGCGAGGCCAUGCGCCUGGCACCAUGCAGACUUGACUGCUAUGAAGGUCUGAUAGACUGCUACCUGGCGUCCAAUGGUGUCCGAGAGGCUAUGGGGAUGGCCAAUAACCUCUAUAAGACGUUGGGGGCCAACGCACAGACUUUGACCAUCCUUGCCACCGUGUGCCUGGAGGACCCUGUGACCCAGGAGAAAGCUAAAACCUUACUGGACAAAGCUUUGGCUCAGAGGCCCGACUACACCAAGGCUGUGGUGAAAAAAGCCGAACUCCUCAGUCGAGAACAGAAGCACGAAGAAGGGAUCGCUCUGCUUCGGAAGGCCCUGGCCAAUCAGAGUGACUGUGUGCUGCACAGGAUGCUGGGAGACUUCCUGGUGGCCGUUAACGAUUACCAGGAGGCCAUGGAUCAGUACAGCAUUGCACUUAGUCUGGACCCCAAUGAUCAGAAGUCGCUGGAAGGCAUGCAGAAGAUGGAGAAGGAAGAGAGUCCCACGGACGCCACGGUGGAGCUGGACGGCGAUGACAUGGAGGGCAGCGGAGAAGACGGCGACCUGGAGGGCAGCGACAGCGAGGCCGCCCAGUGGGCCGACCAGGAACAGUGGUUUGGUAUGCAGUGACCCGGGUCGUCUCGGGGCGACCCGGGUCGUCUUGAGGUGAGCCGGGUCGUCUCGGGGUGACCGGGGUCAUCUUGAAGUGACAGACUGCAAAGCUUGGUUCCUUCUUGAGCGGGUUCACCUCAGCUUAUUUCAUUUGGAAAUAGAACAUCGGUAUAAAUCUUGUCAGCCCACAAAUGAACUUUGAAGCGUUGCUGUGUGAAAGUGAAGGGAACAUUGAGCCUAUUUAUAAACAUAUUUAACACCCGUUAUACAUUCUUAAUAAUCCACAUUGUGUUGUCCAGCCAAUAUUCGACCGCUCUUGAUCUCGGUGUUGUCUGUAAAGCGAGUAAAUGUCACCUUGGAUUGCAUAAAUGUAAAUAUUUUUCAAAAUGUCCAAUUAAAGUCAAAUGUUAAUGUGUGCAAAGUC